GUAGAAGAAAGAGUUAAGUUCACCAACCCAACACCACCGGCGGCGCCGCCAGUGAUUUCAAUUUGAUUGCAUUGCUUGCACUCUCCUCGCCAUCUUCCAAUGGCGGCCACCGUAACUGCAAUCCGAACCUUGAAACUCCAUUCUCCAUUUCCUCCUCAACCAAAAACAUUCUUCCCAACAAAACCACCUUCCAUCUCAAUAUCUCACACUCACCACACCUUCCGCCCUAACAAACUCCUCCUUUCCGCCGCAACUUCCGGAGAUGCAACCGUCUCUUCCAACGGCACUCCCCCUUCUCCCACGCGAUCAAAGGUUCGGAGACACACGAUUUCUGUGUUCGUUGGAGAUGAGAGCGGAAUGAUAAACCGGAUUGCGGGGGUGUUCGCAAGAAGGGGAUAUAACAUCGAGUCACUCGCUGUUGGUCUCAAUGAAGAUAAGGCUCUCUUCACCAUUGUUGUGUCUGGAACUGAUAAGGUGCUGCGUCAAGUUAUGGAACAGCUUCAGAAGCUUGUCAACGUUUUGAAGGUGGAAGAUCUUUCAAAUGAACCCCAGGUAGAGCGUGAAUUGAUGCUAAUAAAAGUGCAUGCUGAUCCGAUAAACCGUGCUGAGAUAAGUUGGUUGGUGGACAUCUUCAGAGCUAAGAUUGUGGAUAUCUCGGAGCAUUCGGUGACAAUUGAGGUCACUGGAGAUCCAGGGAAGAUGGUUGCACUUCAAAGAAAUCUAAGCAAGUUUGGAAUUAAAGAAAUAGCCAGAACUGGAAAGAUUGCAUUAAGAAGGGAACAAAUGGGUGCAUCUGCUCCAUUUUGGCGGUAUUCAGCUGCUUCUUAUCCAGAUCUUGAAGCAAAAACAGCUAUCAAUGCCCUUGUGGGAGUGACAAGUAGGAAUCCUAUUGGUGAAAAUGAUAGGCCCGUCGGGGGAGAUGUUUAUCCUAUAGAGCCUUCAGGUGGUUUUACAUUCAAUCAAGUACUUGACGCUCAUUGGGGUGUCCUCAAUGAUGAAGAUACUAGUGGAAUUCGAUCACACACUUUAUCCAUGCUUGUGAAUGAUGCUCCUGGAGUUCUCAACAUUGUAACAGGGGUUUUUGCUAGAAGGGGCUAUAACAUUCAGAGUUUAGCUGUAGGACAUGCAGAAGUUGAAGGACUUUCUCGACUUACAACCGUGGUUCCUGGGUCAGAUGAGUCGAUCCGCAAGUUGGUGCAGCAACUCUAUAAGCUAGUAGAACUGCAUGAGGUUCGUGAUAUCACUCACUUGCCAUUUGCUGAGCGAGAAUUGAUGCUAAUAAAGAUUGCUGUAAAUGCUGCUGCACGACGUGAUGUCCUUGAUAUUGCCAGCAUUUUCAGGGCUAAAGCUGUUGAUGUAUCUGAUCAUACAAUAACCCUCGAGCUUACUGGCGAUCUGGACAAGAUGGUUGCAUUGCAGAGAUUGUUAGAACCAUAUGGCAUUUGUGAGGUCGCAAGAACCGGGCGCAUUGCACUAAUCCGUGAGUCAGGUGUGGACUCCAAGUACUUGCGUGGAUACUCUUUUCCUUUCUAGUUUCUUCGCCAGGGUGAAUGUCUUCGGCUUGUAGAGCUUGUGCUCUCUCUUAAGUUGUGCUAACUGAAUCUUGCCUUCUAAAUUAUAACGUAAGUCUUCCAGUGCUUUGCAAAUCUAGGCUUCGAAUGACAUGUGAGGUUUUUUUUUUAUUUUUA